AUGUCUGACAUAUCUGUAGCGCAUGCAGAUGCCCAAAUUAUCACGACCAAAAAGGCACGAUAUGGUCGUUAUGUUGACACCAAACAAUGGGACCGAUUCUCAGAAAUCGCACUCCCACAUGCCACGUUCCGAUUCCUAGACACGGACAAAACCCCUCUUAGCGUUGGCAAGACCCAACUUGUUUUCAAUUCAACCUCUGAAUUCACAAGCUUCUUCUCCGACGCAUUUGCGCGCGCCAAUACCCUGCACAUGUUUGGUCCAGGCGACCUCGAACAGGUGGCAUAUGACGAGAUUGAAGCCAUUUGGGCCAUGGAAGAUGAAAUCAUCAUCAAGGACUCUUUGGGUCUUUACGAGCUCAGAGGUGGCGGCUACUAUCACGAAACCUGGAAGAGGCAUAAAGGCGACUGGUUCAUCAAGUCACUGGAGCUCCGGCGGACUUACACCAAGUCGAGUUGGCUGGCCAAGGACGCAAAGCAAUCUUCCAAGUUCUGA